UCCAAUUAAAUGAGUUAAUAAUAUCAUAUCUUUUAUUGACUUUGAGUUGUUUAAUUCAUCUUUGAUGGUUAAUCUUGUUGAUUAACCAUUAAUCUGCUAUUACCCUCUGUUGUGUUCAACUGUUCAUUAUCUUUCAGGAAAUUGAUUUGGGGCCGAUACUUGUGAGAGGAUAAAGUAGAUAAUGUAUAUGAGAGGAGGCUCCAAUUUUCUUAUGAAAUUGUAAUGGUAGCAUCCUCUCUGUUUAAGAAAUAUAAAUGGAUUUAAGUGAAGGGUACAAGACUAACGAUCACACGGAAGAAGUUUAUACGGAUUCAGAAAGUGUGGAUCCCUCAUCGGUUUCUUCGUUAAGAAUCUUGACGUCUCCAAGAUCUCCGAAGGUUCGGCAAAGCAAAGAUAGCCCAAUAAGAGGGAGUCCUACAAAUGGUGUUAGCCCAAGAAAGAACGAUAGGCGUGCGCAUACUGGAAUCGAUGCUCAUCCUAAGAAAGGUGGUUGUGGAGGAAAAGGGACAUGGGUAGGAUUACUUGAUGUGGAUGGCAAUUGUUUUGUUGAUAUUAAUGACCCAAACUACAGUAGUACCGAGGAGAAUGAUGCAACAGUUAAAAAAGUUUGUUCGCGAUUUGAGAUGUACAAGAAGAAAGUUAUAGUUAUUGUUGAAGAAUACUUUGCCACUGAUGAUGUUAUCUCAGCUGCGAAUGAGUUAAAAGAUCUUCAAAUGCCGAGCUAUAGUUACUAUUUUGUGAAGAAACUUAUCUCUAUGGCAAUGGAUCGCCAUGACAAAGAAAAAGAAAUGGCUGCUGUUCUUUUGUCCUCUCUCUAUGCUGAUGUUAUCGAUCCCCGACAAGUAUAUAAAGGUUUUCGUAAGCUCGUUGAAUCUGCAGAUGAUUUGAUUGUAGAUAUUCCUGAUACUGUUGAUAUUCUAGCAUUGUUUUUAGCUCGAGCUGUUGUAGACGAUAUACUUCCUCCUGCUUUCUUGAAAAAAGAAAUGGAUGCUUUGCCAGGUGGUGCAAAGGGUAUUGAUGUUAUUAAGCGCGCUGAUAAGGGUUAUUUGUCGGCCCCAUUACAUGCAGAAGUUAUUGAACGACGGUGGGGUGGUAGCCAGAAUAAAACUGUUGAGAAUGUGAAGGCUAAAAUUGACAAUUUGUUAGUCGAGUAUGUAGUUAGUGGUGAUAAGAAGGAAGCCAUUCGAUGCAUAAAUGACUUAAAGGUCCCGUUUUUUCAUCAUGAGAUCGUGAAACAGGCAAUCAUUAUGGCAAUGGAACGAAAUAAGGUCGAGGGUAAACUUCUUGAUUUAUUGAAAACUGCUUCUGAGGAAUGUUUGAUAAAUUCAAGUCAGAUCUCAAAAGGGUUCACACGAAUCAUUGACUCUAUUGAUGAUUUAUCACUUGAUAUCCCAAAUGCUAAAGAACUUUUACAAUCUUUGAUCUCAAAAGCAGCAUCAGAGGGAUGGUUAUGUGCUUCAUCCUUAAAACAAGUUUCAUCUUCUGAAAAGAAUUUAGUUGAAGAUAGCAUAAUGAAAGUGUUUAAAGCAAAAGCUCAAUCUAUAAUCCAAGAGUACUUUUUAACGGGUGAUGUUUUGGAAGUAAAUAGUUGUUUAGAAUCAGAAAAUCUUUCUUCUAUACCUGAAUUGAAAGCAGUUUUUGUGAAAAGGUUAAUUAUGUUGGCGAUGGAGAGGAAAAAGAGAGAAAAAGAGAUGGCUUCAGUAUUGUUGUCCUCAUUAUAUUUCCCAGCCGAUGAUGUGGUUAACGGUUUCACGAUGUUGAUUCAAUGUGCAGAUGAUAUUGCUUUAGAUAUUCCGGUUGUUGUGGAAGAUUUGGCUAUGUUUUUAGCUCGAGCAGUUGUUGAUGAUGUUUUGGCCCCUUUACACUUGGAGGAAAUUGGGGGUCCUUCCGUGAAACUCGAUUCCAUUGGAAACCAAGUCUUGAAAAUGGCUCGUUCACUUCUUAAUGCUCGGCUUUCGGGUGAACGUAUUUUAAGGUGUUGGGGUGGUGGAGGAAGUUACACAAACGGAUGGGCGAUAGAAGAUGUUAAAGAUCAAAUUGGUAAACUUUUGGAGGAAUUCGAAUCGGGUGGAGGCACACGAGAAGCGUGUCGAUGCAUAACUGAACUGGGAAUGCCGUUUUUUCAUCAUGAGGUUGUUAAGAAAUCAUUGGUGACAAUUAUCGAGAAAAAAAAUGAUCGAGUUUGGAGGCUUCUCAAAGAGUGUUUUAACACAGGAAUUAUUACCCAAAUACAAAUGACUAAAGGGUUUGGAAGGGUGGCUGAAUCACUUGAUGAUUUGAGUUUAGAUGUACCCGAUGCUAAUAAGCAAUUUGGAUUGCUUGUCGAAAGGGCUAAUGCCGAAGGAUGGUUGGACACGUCUUUUAGUUUCAACAAAGCAGCUCAUCCGAUGGAGAAUGGGUAUCAUACUCGAAAUGUUUAGUUUUAGUAUUUGGUUUUAGUUGAGAACGAAAAUUUUGGAAAAAUUGAGAAUAAAUGAUUCUGAAUUUUACACAGGUAUGGAUAUAAUACUCAUAUGAAACGGUUAAGUUUGAUACAAAUUACUAACUUCAUGUUACUUGUAGACUUGAAUGAAA